CGUCUUUACAUAUAUAUAUGCAUAAAUCGCCGCGGCUAAUCAACGAGCUUUGACAAUGGCGAAGAAGAUGAUUCUUAAUGUUUCAGUGAUUACUGCUUCUUCUCUAUUGCUUCUUCUAAUUGUCGUCUCAUUAGCUUCAGCAAAGAAGUCUGGCGAUGUUACUGAGUUGCAAAUCGGAGUGAAGUAUAAGCCAGCAAUUUGUGAUAUUCAGGCACACAAAGGUGAUAGAAUCAAAGUUCAUUAUAGGGGAAAACUCACUGAUGGAACUGUUUUCGAUUCUAGUUUUGAAAGGGGAGAUCCGUUUGAGUUUAAACUUGGCGGUGGCCAAGUGAUUAAAGGAUGGGAUCAAGGGCUACUAGGAGCAUGUGUUGGAGAAAAGAGAAAAUUAAAAAUACCUUCAAAACUUGGUUAUGGAGAUAAUGGUUCACCACCAAAAAUCCCAGGUGGUGCGACGCUGAUAUUCGACACUGAGCUCAUGGCAGUGAAUGGAAAAACAUCAAGUGGAGAGGAAAAAGUCGAAGAUAGCGAUCUAUAGAAGGAGAAUAUUGCAUUUAGGUGAACUGAAUUACCUAAUUUAUUCAAGUGUAUUGUUGCUUAAUAGUGUUUGGAACUCUUCUUUCUUUGCAAAAUCCAAGCUUUGAUUUCUUACAAAAGUAAUAUAAAAAUCCACUCCCCUCAUGAUA